AUGUCGUUGAUAAUCCCGGAGAAGUUCCAACACAUUCAUCGUGUUAUGAACACGAACAUCGACGGCAACCGCAAAGUUCCAUACGCUCUUACUGCAAUUAAGGGUGUUGGUCGUCGGUUCGCGUUCCUCUGUUGCCGUAAAGCCGAUAUUGAUGUGUCGAAGCGCGCCGGAGAACUUUCUGAGGAUGACUUUGAGAAGAUUGUUACCGUUAUGCAGAAUCCCUCACAAUACAAAAUCCCUAACUGGUUCCUGAACAGACAAAAAGAUAUCAAGGACGGAAAAUAUUCGCAGCUCCUCUCCACUGCUGUUGACAACAAGCUUCGUGAGGAUCUCGAGCGUCUGAAGAAAAUCCGCCUGCACAGAGGUCUCCGCCACUAUUGGGGUCUGCGUGUGCGAGGUCAGCACACAAAGACUACUGGACGCAAGGGACGCACUGUUGGUGUGUCGAAGAAGAAGGGAGGAUAA